AUGUCGCUCGAGGCUCUUCCACCUGAGCUUGUAGACCAAAUUGUGGUCGAGCUCCCAUUGCAUGACAUCGCGUCCCUCCGCCUGACAAGUCGCACGUUGGCGUCUACGGCAACACCAGAACACUAUGAACGCAAUUUCCACACUCAUCAUCUCGAGCUCACUGACUGGCAUUUGAAGAGAUUCGUAGCUUUUGUAUCCGGAGGUGGUUUGGCGCAUCUGCUGCGACACCUUACAGUCAUUGCUCCGGUGUACAACCCGCUGGAGCUUGAAAACGAUGUCAAGUACAAGGCCACGAAGGCUCCGGUAUUUUAUGCUGACGGCGAGUUCGACAAAAUUGAUUCGAUCUCGCUCGGAUAUAAGGACUUGAUGCAGACUGGCCUUGAUCUUGACAUACUCCGACUGCAACGACACCAGCAUACUGAGUUCGUCAACCGAGGCGGGCAUAUUGCGUUGCUCAGUCGGGCCUUUGGCAUGCUGAAAACUCUGGAUUGCAAACUCUACACAAUAACGGCAGAGGUUGCAGUGUACCGAGCCCCCGAAGGCAAACCUCUUAUGCCUCUAUAUGGAGGCGGCUGGAAGCACAUAUGGACCGCUGCAGAUGUCGCAUUGGCCUCAAUAUUCGCAUCCUUGGAUACCAGUGGACUCCAAGCUCGACACUUGAAUCUCUUCAACAACAGUCGUAUGCUCAGAUGUAGUAUAGCCUGCGACAAGUUCUCGAACCUCGCCCACAAUUCCGGCUACCUCGACACAUUUCUGGGCAAUCUUGAAAGCCUCUCAAUGAGCAUUUCCGACAAAAUCAUCCUUUCAAGCAAUACGGACCCUAUGGAUCUGCAUGAUUUCAGCUUCGAUGCUGAAUGGGACCCGCAUGCAACUUGGCGCACAGUAGGAGCAAAGCUGUGCGAAGCGAGCGACGAGCAAAACUUCGGGGGCCUCAGCGAAAUGCUUCGCAAAUGCCGCCGCUUGAAAUGCCUGGAAGUCUCCCACUUUAAGCUGGAUCAUAGGAGCCCCGUUAUAUCGCAAGCACAAUCAAAGGGGAUACUGAGUGCCUUGCAACGAUCGAAUUUGCAGACGGUCGAGAAGUUAACUCUGGAAGGCUUCGACACCUCAGAGGACCACUUGCUCGAAAUACUACGCAGCUUACCCCAACUUCGCGAUAUCACGCUCCGCUGCAUGAGAAUGUAUAAAGGAGGGCACUGGAACACUGUUUUGAAUCAUUGUACGGCAACAAUGGAAGAAGUUUACCUCGACAGUCUGUUCGGACCUAAAACACUGCAUUUCAAGGCACCAUAUGCAAUACGCGACGCAUGUGACGAACAACGUGGGUACUACGCGGGAUUGAAAGCUCGUUUUAGAAGCGACUCAACCGACCCAACUGACUGCCGCGCCGCUGGAAGAAAUGAUGAAAUAGCAGCUUCCAAGCAGAUUGAGUACUCCCACUACAAAGGCUCUGAGCUCCCAGAAUCACCAAAGCGUUCAUGGCUGCGAGAUCUGGAGAAUCGUUUCGGCCCACCAGGCUAUGGUGGAGAAGCGUGCCUGAGUGGUCGCCUUGCACCGGAACAGAUCUGGCGGCACUCGCCAUAG